CUGGUUCUCACCUGCAUGGCGGAGGGAAGUUGGCCUCUGGAGUUCAAGUGGAUCCACAACACCACGGAAAUUACACGGUUCUCCCUCGAGUACAGGUACCUGAUUCCUUCGCUGGACCGGUCUCACGCUGGGUUCUACCGCUGCAUCGUGAGGAACCGAGUGGGCGCGCUGCUCCAGAGGAGAACCGAGGUGCAGGUGGCAUUCAUGGGCAGUUUUGAGGAGGGGGAGCGUGAGCAGGCGGUGUCCCAGGGAGAGGGGGCCGUGGUUCCCGCCCCGCACAUCCGGAGCUUUCCGCAGCCGCAGGUCACCUGGUUCCGAGACGGACGCAAGAUCCCCCCCAGCAGCCGCAUAGCGAUCACCCUGGACAACACGCUGGUCAUCCUCUCCACCGUGGCCCCUGAUGCAGGGCGGUACUACGUGCAGGCCGUUAACGACAAGAACGGAGAAAACAAAACCAGCCAGCCGGUCACCCUGACAGUGGAGAAUGUAGGUGGACCAGCGGACCCCAUCGCCCCCACCAUCGUGGUCCCUCCUCGGAACACCAGCGUCAUCUCUGGAACCUCUGAGGUCACAAUGGAGUGUGUGGCCAAUGCCAGGCCUCUGAUUAAGUUGAGCGUCAGCUGGAAGAAGGACGGCGUGCUGGUGAGAAACGGCCUGAGCGACUUCAACCGCCGCCUGACCAUCCUGACGCCCUUGGUCAGCGACAGCGGCUACUACGAGUGUGAGGCGGUGCUGAGGAGCAGCAGUGUGCCGUCGGUCAGCGCAGGGGCCCACCUGCAUGUACUGGAGCCUCCUCAGUUUGUGAAGGAGCCGGAGAAGCACAUCACUGCGGAGAUGGAGAAGGUGGUGGAUAUCCCCUGCCAGGCACGAGGUGUCCCUCCUCCGGAGAUCGUGUGGUACAAGGAUGCGGUGCCCAUCAGUCCGGUGAUACCCCGCUACAGAGUGCUGGUGGGAGGCAGCCUGCAGGUCAACGGGCUCCUGCCCGACGACACGGGAAUGUUCCAGUGCUUCGCCCGCAACUCAGCGGGAGAGGUGCAGACCAACACUUACCUGGCAGUUACCAGCAUUGCGCCGAACAUCACAGCAGGACCGUCAGACAGCACAGUGAUUGACGGCAUGUCUGUCAUACUGCACUGCGAGACGUCAGGAGCCCCACGACCCGCCAUCACCUGGCAGAAAGGUGAGCGUGUGCUGGCGUCCGGCUCGGUGCAGCUGCCCCGCUUCACGCUGCUGGAGUCGGGGAGUCUCCUGAUCAGCCCCUCCCACAUCUCCGACGCCGGCACCUACACCUGCAUGGCCAGCAACUCCCGCGGCAUCGACGAGGCCUCCGCCGACCUCAUCGUCUGGGCUCGCACUCGAAUCACCAACCCUCCUCAGAACCAGAGUGUGAUCAAGGGCACGAAGGCCAUCAUGACUUGUGGAGUGACCCACGACCCCAGUGUCACUGUCAAGUUUGUGUGGGAGAAGGACGGCGGGGUCAUUAACGCCCAGUCCAUCCCGCGCAUGCGUCUGGACGCCGACGGCACGCUGCACAUCACGCAGACCUGGUCUGGAGACAUCGGCACCUACACCUGCCGGGUCACCUCGGUGGGGGGCAACGACUCGCACAGCGCUCACCUGAGAGUCAGGCAGCUGCCCCAUGCCCCAGAGAACCUGGGGGCGAACCUGAGCACGGCGGAGAAGCGUGCCAUCAACCUGACCUGGGUCAAGCCCUUCGACGGGAACAGCCCACUCCUCCGCUACACGCUGGAGGUCUCCGAGAACAAUGCGCCGUGGACCAUCUUGCUGGCUAACAUUGAGCCGGAGUCGACCAGCGUGACGGUCAGCGGUCUCAUCCCGGCCCGCUCCUACCAGUUCCGCCUGUGUGCUGUCAACGACGUGGGGAAAGGCCAGUUCAGCAAGGAGACGGACCGGGUGUCGCUCCCGGAGGAGCCCCCCAGUGCUGCGCCCCAGAACGUGAUUGCCAGCGGCCGCACCAACCAGUCCAUCAUGAUCCAGUGGCAGCCCCCUCCAGAGAGCCACCAGAACGGAGUCCUGCGCGGAUACAGCGUCCGGUACCGCCUGACGGGAAUGCCCGUGGACAUCCAGUACAAGAACAUCAGCAACCCCGACGUGACCAACCUGCUGCUGGAGGACCUCAUCAUCUGGACCAACUACGAGAUCGAGGUGGCCGCCUACAACCGCGCCGGCCUGGGCGUCUACAGCCACAAGGUCACCGAGUGGACCUUGCAAGGAGUUCCUACUAUCGCUCCUGGUGAUGUGCAGGCCGAGGCGGUGAACUCCACGACUAUCCGCUUCACCUGGACUGCCCCCAACCCCCAGUUCAUCAACGGCAUCAACCAGGGCUACAAGCUGUUGGCAUGGGAACCAGGUCAGGAGGAGGAGGUCACCCUGGUGACGGUGCGGCCCAACUUCCAGGACAGCGUGCACGUGGGCUACGUGGCGGGCCUGAAGAAGUUCACCGAGUACUUGACCUCUGCCCUCUGCUUCACCACGCCCGGCGACGGACCCCGCAGCCCCGCCAGAGGCGCCAGGACGCACGAGGACACUCCUGGGGCUGUUGGCCACCUGAGCUUCACAGAGAUCCUGGACACGUCCCUGAAAGUCAGCUGGAGGGAACCGCACGAGAAGAACGGCAUCCUCACUGGCUACCGUAUCUCAUGGGAGGAGUACAACCGCACCAACACGCGGGUGACCCACUACCUUCCCAACGUGACACUGGAGUAUCGGGUUACGGGACUGACCGCUCUCACCACCUACACCAUAGAGGUCGCCGGGAUGACCUCCAAAGGUCAAGGGCAGCUUUCCUCGUCGACCAUCUCCUCAGGGGUACCGCCAGAGCUGCCAGGCCCCCCCACUAACAUGGCCAUCUCCAACAUCGGCCCGCGCUCCGUCACUCUGCAGUUCAAGCCCGGCUACGACGGCAAGACUUCCAUCUCACGCUGGCAAGUGGAGGCCCAGAUCGGUGUGUUGGGUGAGAACGAGGACUGGGUGAUGGUACACCAGCUGGCCAACGAGCCCGAUGCCCGCUCCAUGGAGGUGCCAGGACUCAACCCCUACACCUUCUACAGGUUCCGGAUGCGCCAGGUGAACAUCGUGGGCACCAGCCCCCCCAGCCAGCCGUCCAGAAAGAUCCAGACGCUGCAGGCCCCCCCAGACAUGGCCCCCGCCAACGUCACCCUGCGCACCGCCAGCGAGACCAGCCUCUGGCUCCGAUGGGUGCCCCUGCCCGAGUGGGAGUACAACGGAAACCCCGAGCUGGUGGGCUACCGCGUCCAGUACUCGCGCACCGGCUCCGUGGGCAAGCCCCUCAGCCACGUCAUCAGCGACCGGCUCGAGCGCGAGUUCACCAUCGAGGACCUGGAGGAGUGGACCGAGUACGAGGUCCGCGUGCAGGCCAUCAACGGCAUCGGCUCCGGGCCCUGGAGCCAGCCCGUCCGCGGCAGAACCAGAGAGUCCGUUCCGUCAUGUGGCCCGACCAACGUGUCAGCCUUUGCCACCACCUCCAGCAGCAUCCUGGUGCGCUGGUUUGAAGUGCCCGAGCCCGACCGCAAUGGCCUCAUCCUGGGAUACAAGGUGGUGUAUAAGGAGAAGGACUCGGACAGUCCCCUGCAGUUCUGGACGGUGGAGGGCAACACCAGCCACAGUGUGCAGCUGGCUAACCUGGGGAAGUACGUGCUGUACGAGAUCCAGGUCCUGGCCUUCACCCGCAUCGGAGACGGCAUGCCCAGCUCACCGCCCAUCCUGGAGCGCACCCUGGACGACGUACCCGGCCCACCGGUUGGCAUCCUGUUCCCGGAGGUGAGGACCAUCUCGGUGCGCCUCAUCUGGCAGUCCCCCCUGCAGCCCAACGGCAUCAUCCUGGCCUAUCAGAUCACGCACCGGCUCAACUCGUCCAAUAGCAACGCGGCCACGGUGGACGUGCUGAACCCGAGCACGCGGCAGUACACCGCCACCGGCCUGCGGCCCGAGUCCGUUUACGUGUUCCGGAUCACGGCCCAGACCCGCAAGGGCUGGGGAGAGGCCGCCGAGGCGCUGGUGGUUACCACGGAGAAGAGAGCUCGACCACAGCCCACCAGCCGGCCCAUGGUGCCGCAGCAGCAGGUGCAGGCGCGCAGCGUGCUGUUGUCGUGGGAACCGGGCAGCGACGGCCUGUCGCCCGUGCGCUACUACACGGUGCAGGUGCGCGAGCUGCCCGACUUCAACUGGACCGUCCACUCCGCGUCCGUCAACCACGAGUCCAGCAGCUACAUCGUGGACAGGCUGAAGCCCUUCACCUCGUACCAGUUCAGAGUGAAGGCCACCAACGACAUCGGGGACAGCGAGUACAGCCAGGAGAGUGAGGCCAUCACAACACUACAGGACGCUCCAGAUGAGGCUCCUGUCAUCCUCUCCGUUACUCCACACACAACCACCUCUGUGCUGGUCCGCUGGCAGCCCCCUGCUGAGGAGAAGAUUAACGGCAUCCUGCUGGGCUUCCGUAUCCGUUACCGGGAGCUGCUCUACGACCGACUCCGCAGCAUCGCCGUUGGGAACGUCAACAGCCUCUCCGCCAGCUGGGCGGACCUCACCUCCCCGUACAGCAUACGCAACCUGAGCGAGUCCUCCGUCACCCAGUAUGAGCUAGACAACCUGAGCAAGCACAAGCGCUAUGAGAUCCGUCUGAGUGUGUUCAACGCCGUGGGGGAAGGCCCCACCAGCUCGCCCCAGGAGGUGUUUGUGGGAGAAGCAGUUCCAACAGCCCCGCCCCAGAACGUUGGCAUCCAAUCAGCAACAGCCACACAGCUAGAUGUGACAUGGGACCCGCCUCCUCUGGAGAAUCAGAAUGGAGAUAUCCAGGGCUACAAGAUCUACUUCUGGGAGUACCAGCGUCAGAACGAGACGGAGAAGCUGCGGACGCUGUUCAUGCCGGAGGGUGGGGUGAAGCUGAAGAACCUGACGGGCUACACCACCUACAUGAUCAGCGUGGCCGCCUUCAACGCCGCCGGGGACGGACCGCGCAGCGCCGCCACCAGGGGGCGCACUCAACAGGCCGCUCCCAGUGCCCCGAGCUUCAUCCAUUUCAGUGAGCUGACCACUACCUCGGUCAACGUGUCCUGGGGUGAGCCGGUCUUCCCUAACGGCAUCCUCGAGGGCUAUCGCCUCAUCUACGAACCCUGCACGCCUGUCGAUGGCGUCAGUAAGACAGUGACGGUGGACGUGAAGGGCCCCCCCUACUGGCUGAAAAUCAAAGACCUGGCCGACGGCGUCACCUACAACUUCCGCAUCCGCGCCAGGACCUUCACCUACGGCCCUGAGGUGGAGGCCAACAUCACCACCGGCCCUGGGGAAGGGGCCCCUGGACCUCCCGGAGAGCCCUUCAUCUCCCGCUACGGCACGGGCCUCACCAUCCACUGGUCCAACGGCGAUCCCGGACGAGCCCCCAUCACGCGCUACGUCAUCGAGGCCAGGCCCUCAGAUGAGGGAUUGUGGGAUAUCUUGAUCAAGGACAUCCCGAAGGAAGUGACAUCGUAUACAUUCAAUAUGGACCUCCUGAAGCAGGGUGUGAGCUAUGACUUCCGGGUCAUCGGCGUAAACGACUAUGGAUACGGCACCCCCAGUGCCCCCUCCCCCUCCAUAUCAGCCCAAAAGGUGGCGCCCUUCUAUGAGGAGUGGUGGUUCCUGGUGGUGGUGGCCCUGGUGGGGCUCAUCUUCAUCCUGCUGCUUGUGUUCAUCCUCAUCAUCAGAGGCCAGAGCAAGAAAUACGCCAAGAAGUCCGACUCAGGCAACAGCUCCAACUGCAACGCGCUGACCCACGGGGAGAUGGUGCGUCUGGACGAGAGCCGCUUCCCCGCCCUGGAGCUCAACAACCGCCGGCUGUCCGUCAAGAACUCCUUCUGCCGCAAGAACGGCGUCUACACCAGAUCCCCGCCCCGGCCCAGCCCUGGUAGUCUGCACUACUCGGACGAGGACGUGAGCACCAAGUACAACGACCUGAUCCCCGCCGAGAGCAGCAGCCUCACCGAGAAGCCCUCCGAGAUCUCCGACUCACAGGGCAGCGACAGCGAAUACGAGGUGGACUCCAGCCGCCAGAAGACGCACUCCUUCGUCAACCACUACAUCAGCGACCCCACCUACUACAACUCCUGGCGCCGGCAGCAGAAGGGCAUCUCCCGCGCCCAGGCCUACAGCUACGCCACCGAGUCCGACGCCGGAGAGCCCGAGCCGUGUGCCCAGCCACCCCCGCUGCCCCCUCUGCCACCCAUGCCCCCCCAGCUCAACUCCCCGCAGGGCCAGACACAGUCACCUACCCCAAGCCAACAAAGCGGGCAGGGUCAAGGGCAAGGAAGCCUGUUUCGGCCCAAGGGCAGUCGGACUCCCACCCCGUGCCAACAGAGCUCCAACCCGCCCAGCCAGCAUAGCACCCUGUACCGCCCGCCGAGCAGCCUGGCGCCCGGGUCCCGCACCCCCAUCGCCGGGUUCUCCUCCUUCGUCUGACCCCGUGUUGACCCCAAGCGAUCGAUCCACCGAGCAAAA